CUACAGAUCAGGAAGCUCGCUAGACAGUCCUACAUGACUUUCAGCUGAGAAGAUCAGUGGUGUCCAUGAGGCUGUUCGACCCUGAACGCAAUGCCAAAACUGUCCGAGACAGGCAUACUGUUGCUGGUGACUGUAUUGAUUCCAAUAUCAAUCCUGUGGUCGGCGUCCCUGCCGACGCUGAGACAUAAACCUGUGAAAACACCUGCGGAAAUUGUAUGGAACUCAUUCAUUGUUGUGGAAUCACACCCAAGUGACCGCAGUGUUGUGAUUAACUUGUUCUGGGCAUGGAACGUUGCCUCGUCACCAUUCGAUCAGGGGGCUCUACAGGUGUGCUGGUUGUUGCUAAAUCAGGCAAUUCUGGGAACGCUGUAACUUGUUAAUCCGAUUCAAACCGCGGUCCUGGGUUGCUCGGAGGGCUGGUGUAUGUAACUUGGGCAAACACGUGUGGUAAUUAUCAUUACCGUGCACCGUGUAAAAGUGACCAGCGUCGAUAAAGUCAGGGUAUGUUCAUAGCCAACGACAACUCGAG